AUGUCGAAAAUUCUUGAACUUCCUAAUAAAAGCCACCUCGAAAGUAAAAAAACUGCACAAGUCACUUAUGCUGUGUUUGGUUGCGUAGAAUUGCGACGUGGAAUUGGAAUUUGGGCCAAAUGGGCCAAUUCCGCCGUUUGGCUUGCGUUCGGAAUCUUCGCGUGGAAACCCAACAAAAUUCCGAGCUCCGAAUCUUCCUGUGCAAAUAGCCAGCCAAACAUUCCGAGGGAGCGAGCUCGGAAACGCUCGGAAAGAGCGAAACGUUUCGCUCGUCACCCUCCCCGAAUCUCUCCUGUCGGGCCCUCCGCCGUUCCCCCGUCGCCCGCCGCCGUUCCCCCGUCGCCCGCCGCCGUUCCCCUGCCGCCCGCCGCCGUUUCCCACGCCGCGUGGCCCCGCCGCCGUUCCCACGCCGCGUGGCCCCGCCGCCCGCUGCAGCGUGGCCUCCGAGCUCUGCAUCCCCCGCCGCCGCGUGACCUCCGAGCUCUGCAGCCCCCGCCGCCGUGUGGCCUCCGGGCCCCGAGUCCCCUCCCUCCGCCAAGGUCCCCUCCCCCGCCGCCGCAUGCCCUCGCGCCCAUCCCGCUCCGGCAGCUCCCGUCGCCCACGUCCACGCCCCGGCAGAUCCAGCCGCCCGCGUCCCCGCCGCCGGCCGGCUCCUUCGACGGCACGCCGGCCGUGCCCUACACCGGCUCGGGCUCCCGCCGCCGCAUGACCCUGCGCCCGCUGCCGGCCGGCUCCUUCAACGGCAGGCCGGCCGUGCACUGCUCCGGCUCAUGCACCCAGCGCCGGCAGAUUUUCCUAGUUUAA